CUUCUCGACUUCACGCCUGCUGAUAUCAUAUUCAAACACACAGCCCAGUGCUGAAAAGAGGCCGUUUUUGAAUUCAGAGCGUUUGAGAAAGACAGCACCAUGGCAGCUACUCUUUGUCAGGUGAUGGGCUUCCUGCUGAGUUUGUUAGGGGUGGCGGGAAUAAUUGCUGCGACCGGGAUGGACCAGUGGGCAACGGAAGACCUCUUUGACAACCCUGUGACGGCGGUGUUCUCGUAUUCGGGCCUGUGGAGGUCAUGUGUCCGCCAGAGCUCUGGCUUCACAGAGUGCCGACCCUAUUUCACCAUUCUGGGACUGCCAGCUCUGCUCCAAGCCGUCCGGGCCUUAAUGAUUGUUGGUAUUGUUCUCGGAGCCAUCGGCUGCCUGAUCGCCAUAUUUGCACUGAAGUGCUUGAAAAUGGGGAACAUGGAGGACAACAUCAAAGCCACAAUGACUCUGACAGCUGGGAUCCUGAACCUUCUUGCGGGAGUCUGUGGCAUCGCUGGGGUGUCGGCCUUUGCCAACUUGAUUGUGCAAAGUUUUCGGUUCACAACAUAUGCCGGCAGUGGGUUCGAUACGUAUGGAGGCGGUGUUGGUGGACUUACCGGAUCUCUGACCCCAAGGUACACUUUUGGCCCUGCUCUUUUCGUGGGCUGGAUCGGCGGAGCUAUCUUGUUCAUCGGAGGUGUCAUGAUGUGUCUGGCCUGCCGUGGAAUGACUCCAGAGAAAAAUCAACGGUACGAUGGGAUGGCCUACAAAGCCGCCUCUCAGCACACCAUGUACAAGUCUGACACCCGACCCCGUCCGGCCUACAAUGACUCCUACAGAGCCCAGAGUAUGGACGGAAGGCAGAACCAGAAAUUUGACUACGUGUAGAAUCAUUUUACUUUCAUAGAUACCUCUUUUUUUAUAUUCUACAGCUCUGUGAUGAGUUUUUCACUUGUUUGCCUGCAUUCAUGGGAAGAGCGGUUAUUUUUUUUAUUUCUCUGUACUUUAAUUUGGCAGAAAUAUUUAAGGUCUAUUUUUUUUUUUUUUAGCAUCAUAUAAUCCUAAUUUUGAAAUGCCAUUUUGUGAUUUGUUUUUCUCAUUUAUUUUUUUUGCCAAAUAAAGAAGUGUGACUCUUA